AUGUUAAUUUGUAAUGAGCAAUCUUAUCGGUCAUCCUUUUGGUCCACUGUGAAAAGGAAACAUAUUUUUAUUUGAUUUUAUUUUUAAUGUCUAUAUAACAUUUAUUAAGCUUUGAUUUUUAAUUUAGGAUAAUAUUUUAACUAAACGUUCCAUAUAAAUGUCAUCUGACCUUCUUCCAGAGAACUUAGCAUUUCAGCAAGUGGCCACACAGUCGUCCAUGUAUGAGUCCUGGUACAGCAAAAACGCAGUGGAUGGUGUACAUGACAGCUGUUCUCACACAAACCCACAGACCGACCCGUGGUGGAGAGUGGAUCUGAUGAAAGUAUACAGAGUGAACAGAGUGGCCAUCACUAACAGAGUGAGCCCUUAUUCUGACAUAGUAUCCAGAAUAAAUGGGGCAGUGAUUCGUGUUGGGAACUUCCCAGACGUUUACAGCAACCCAAUAUGUGCUGUAAUUUCUACUCUUUCAUCUGGAGCCACUGCCGACUUCUCAUGCGGUGCGAUGAUGGGACGUUAUGUGAUCGUUCAUAUUCCUGGAGUUCAGAAGAUUCUUACUCUCUGUGAGGUUGAAGUCUACAGGUAUUUGGGAGGAAAUCGGGCAUUAGAUGGAGCCACUACACAGUCAUCAACAUCAACAGGGAACUGGUUUUCUGAAAAGGCCAUUGAUGGUAAUCGAGGUCUCCAGCAGUUGUAUACGGGAUGCUCCUCGACUCUCAAUGAGUCUAACCCAUGGUGGAGGCUGGAUCUGCGUCAUAUUUACAGAGUUAUUGAAGUGGUCAUCACGAACAGAAAAGACUGCUGUGCCGAACGAAUAAAUGGAGCAGAGAUUCACAUCGGAAACUCUUUGGAGAACAACGGCAACAACAAUCCCAUAUGUGCUGUUAUUGCUGCUAUUCCAGCAGGUCAGUCCUACAGCUUCUCAUGUAACGGGAUGGAGGGACGUUACGUGAAUCUGAUCAUUCCUGGAGACAUGAAGAUACUCACUCUGUGUGAGGUGGAGUUGUAUGGAGAAGAGAACUUAGCAUUUCAGCAAGUGGCCACACAGUCGUCCAUGUAUGGAUCAUGGUACAGCAAAAACGCAGUGGAUGGUGUACAUGACAGCUGUUCUCACACAAACCCACAGACCGACCCGUGGUGGAGAGUGGAUCUGAUGAAAGUAUACAGAGUGAACAGAAUAAAUGGGGCAGUGAUUCGUGUUGGGAACUUCCCAGACGUUUACAGCAACCCAAUAUGUGCUGUAAUUUCUACUCUUUCAUCUGGAGCCACUGCCGACUUCUCAUGCGGUGCGAUGAUGGGACGUUAUGUGAUCGUUCAUAUUCCUGGAGUUCAGAAGAUUCUUACUCUCUGUGAGGUUGAAGUCUACAGGUAUUUGGGAGGAAAUCGGGCAUUAGAUGGAGCCACUACACAGUCAUCAACAUCAACAGGGAACUGGUUUUCUGAAAAGGCCAUUGAUGGUAAUCGAGGUCUCCAGCAGUUGUAUACGGGAUGCUCCUCGACUCUCAAUGAGUCUGACCCAUGGUGGAGGCUGGAUCUGCGUCAUAUUUAUCAAGUCAGUGAAGUGGUCAUCACGAACAGAAAAGACUGCUGUGCAGAACGAAUAAAUGGAGCAGAGAUUCACAUCGGAAACUCUUUGGAGAACAACGGCAACAACAAUCCCAUAUGUGCUGUUAUUGCUGCUAUUCCAGCAGGUCAGUCCUACAGCUUCUCAUGUAACGGGAUGGAGGGACGUUACGUGAAUCUGAUCAUUCCUGGAGACAUGAAGAUACUCACUCUGUGUGAGGUGGAGGUGUAUGGAGAAGGUCCAUUUUUAAAAAGGUCAAUUGUAAAAAUGCAGUUCAACUCCAGAGAGGAUUUGACUGACUCUUCAGUAGAAGAAAAUAUUCUGAAACUGUUAGAAUCUGCUCUAGCUGAUGGAGGAUUCUGA